AUGAACUCGGACUUCUCCCCCGCCACCCUGGAAGAUGUUCCAGGAAUUCCAGGAGCCCGCCUUUUUGGGGCUCAGUAUGUGUCUGAAGGAUACAUUGUUCUGCAAGGGGAACAGGGACCUCACGUCUCUGACUCCCCAUCUGAAUUCUUGGUUUCAGUUUUACACCGAAAAUGCACAGCACAUCUGUUAGCUGGCUGUCUGGACCCUGUAGCCUUAACUAACUUGAUUGAAUCCAUUCUCAUCCCUCAUCAGCCUACAUGGGAUGACUGCCAACAAUUGUUGCAGAUGCUCCUCACAUCCGAGGAAAGACAAAAGCUUUUUCUAGAGGCUCGGAAGAAUAUCCUGGGAGAGGAUGGGAGGCCAACUCUGUUGCCAAAUGAGCUGGAUGCAGCUUUUCCCCUUACCCGACCCAACUGGGACUUCUCUACGGAAGCAGGUAAGGGACACCUACGCCAUUAUCGCCAGUUGUUCAUAGCAGGCCUCCGAAGGGCAGGGCACCGCCCCACCAAUUUGGCUCAGGUAAAGCAGGUAAUGCAGGGCUCUGAAGAAUCUCCCACUGCUUUUCUAGAAAGGCUGAAAGAGGCCUAUCACAUGUAUACCCCUUAUGAUCCUGAGGAUCCAGGGCAGGCUGCGAAUGUUUCCAUGUCUUUUAUUUGGCAGUCAGUGCAUGACAUUAGAAAUAAUAAUACCCUUCAGGAUUUAUUGUAAGAGGCAGAGCGCAUAUUCAACAAAAGGGAGACACCUGAUGAGAGGGAAGAGCACCUACAUAGAAAUUCGGAACAGAGGGAGGACAGACUUAGGAAGGAAGCUGAGGAAAGAGAGAAUGCUAGGGACCGCAAGCAAAAUAAGGAACUUAGCUGCCUCUUGGCCACCGCUGCACAGAAUAGUUACAGUUCAGACAGGCUGGGAGAGCAAAGGAGACCCAAGGUGGACCGACACCAAUGUGCCUAUUGCAAAGAAAAAGGACAUUGGGUCAAGGACUGCCCAAAGAGACCCAGAAAGCAGAAGAAUCUGGGGCCAAAGACUUCACUCUUGGCCCUGGAUGAAGACUAGGGAAGUCAGGGCCAGGAGCCCCCUGCUGAGCCCAGGAUAACUCUUCAAAUAGGGGGGCAACCGGUCACCGUCCUAGUAGACACUGGAGCACAGCGUUCAGUCCUUACUAGGUCCCCAGACCCUCUCAACAACCGAACAACCUGGGUGUAGGGGGCCACAGAAGGAAAGCAAUACCAUUGGACCACUGAAUGGAAGGUACACCUGGUGACCGGGAAGAUCUCUCAUUCCUUCUUACAUGUCCCAGACUGUCCCUACCCAUUAUUAGGACGGGACUUACUGACCAAGCUAAAAGCCCAAAUUUAUUUUUAAGGGACAGGGGCCAACAUAUUGGGACCAAAUGAAACCCCUCUCCAUGUACUGACUCUUAAAAUGGAAGAUGAAUACAGGCUAUAUGAGAGGCCAAAGGAAAUCCAGAGUAGUUUGGACUCAUGGCUGAAACAUUGUCCACUAGCCUGGGCUGAGACUGGAGGCAUGGGGCUAGCCCUACAGCAGCUUCCCCUGAUUAUAGACCUUAAAGCCACUGCUACUCCAAUUUCCAUCAAACAGCACCCUAUGUCCAAUGAAGCUUAUCAGGGCAACAGGCCCCACAUAAAAAAAAAAAAACUUUUAGACCAAGGGAUCCUGAUUCCUUGCAGGUCCCCUUGGAAUACCCCCCUCUUACUAGUAAAGAAGCCAGGCACCAGGGACUUCCACCCUAUGCAGGAUCUUAGAGAAGUAAACAAGUGGGUGGAAGACAUUCACCCCACAGUACCAAACCCCUACAAUCUAUUGAGCACACUGUCACCAACCCACCGUUGGUUUACUGUUUUAGACUUAAAGGAUGCAUUUUUUUGCCUAAGGCUGAGCCCCCAGAGCCAGCCUCUGUUUGCCUUUGAAUGGAAAGACCCUGAGCUGGGAAUUUCAGGACAACUCACUUGGACACGGCUCCCUCAAGGAUUCAAGAACAGUCCCACCCUUUUUGACGAGGCCCUGCAUCGAGACCUGACAGAUUUCCAGAUCCAACACCACUCAUUGAUCCUGCUCCAAUAUGUGGACGACCUGCUAUUAGCAGCCCCAACUGAACAGGACUGUCAAAAAGGUACUGGGGCCAUGUUGCAAACACUGGGACAGCUAGGAUACCGAGCCUCUGCUAAAAAGGCUCAAAUUUGCCAGACAGAGGUGACGUAUUUGGGAUACAAGCUACAUGAUGAUCAGCGAUGGCUGACUGCCACUCGCAAAGAGACUAUAUCCUGUAUCCCUGUGCCCCAGAACCAUCGCCAGCUACAGGAAUUCCUAGGGAUGGCUGGGUUCUGUCGAUUAUGGAUCCCAGGGUUCGCUGAGAUGGCGGCUCCCUUAUACCCAUUAACCAAGCAGGGAGCCCCCUUUAACUGAACUGAGCCUCAACAGCAGGCCUUUGACAGUAUCAAGAGAGCACUCAUCUCCUCUCCAGCCUUAGGCCUACCUGACAUAACUAAGCCAUUUGAACUUUUCGUGGAUGAAAAGCAAGGCUUUGCAAAAGGGGUUUUAACUCAGAGACUUGGGCCAUGGAGACGUCCCAUUGCCUAUCUGUUCAAGAAACUGGACCCAGUGGCCUCUGGAUGGCCCCCUUGUCUAAGAAUGAUUGCGGCUAUCACAGUUCUCAUUAAGGAUGCUGCCAAAUUGAUUCUGGGACAGCCAUUGACCGUACUAGCACCACAUGCAAUUGAGUCCCUUGUCCACCAACCCCCCAAUUGCUGACUGUCAAAUGCCCGCAUGACCCAUUACCAGUCUCUCCUUCUGGAUGUGGACCGAAUCCAGUUUGGUCUGAUAGUUGCCCUCAAUCCGGCAACAUUACUGCCCCUGCAGGAGGGGCCCGCAUCCCACGACUGCCAACAAAUCCUUGCAGAAAUGCGUGGAACCCGUGCUGACCUGACUGAUCAGCCCCUCAAGGAUGCGGACUUAACUUGGUACACAGACGGCAGUAGCCACCUGCUAAACAGGGAGCGAUGGGCAGGAGCAGCAGUGACCACUGAGACACAGGUAAUCUGGGCCAGCGCCCUUCCGGGAAACACCUCUGCUCAACACGCGGAACUUAUCGUGUUGACACAAGCCCUCCAGCUGGCAGCAGGUAAGAAACUCAAUGUGUUUACAGACAGCCGAUAUGCCUUUGCCAUUGCUCACAUACAUGGAGAAAUCUAUAGGAGGAGGGGACUAUUAACCUCAGAGGGAAGAGAGAUUAAAAAUAAGACUGAGAUCUUGGCGUUGCUGAAGGCCCUUUUUCUUCCUAAGAGACUGAGCAUUAUGCACUGCCCAGGGCACCAAAAGGGCAAUAGCUCCGAGGCAAAAGGGAAUCAAUUUGCUGAUGAAGCAUCCAGGCAAGCUUCCCUGGGCCCCCAGCUCCUGACAGCCACUAUUCUUGUUGAACAGAGCAACCCCAAAUCCCUAGACUGGGACUAUACUGAUGAGGACCUAGACAUGAUACAGAAGUUAGAGGCUGUCCCGUCCCGCAAGCGAUGGGUCUACCAAGGAAGGACUGUAAUCCCCAUGAAAAUCACUGCUGAAUUGAUUGAUCACCUCCAUAAGUUAACCCACCUGAGUGCCCAGAAGGUGCAGAUCCUGUUUGAUUGAACAGAGACUGGGCAAUACCUCCUGAACAGAGAUGAGGCCCUACAAAAGGCAAUGAAUAAUUUCAGGGCCUGUGCUCAGGUGAAUUCAGGCCAGACUAAGAUUGCUCAGAGUUUGCCUUGGGGGCAUAGACCAGGGACACAUUGGGAAACAGAUUUCACUGAGAUUAAGUCUGGCAUAUAUGGUUAUAAAUAUCUCCUAGUUUUCAUAGAUACAUUUUCAGGAUGGAUGGAAGCCUACCCCACCAAGCAUGAAACUGCAAAAGUUGUAACCAAGAAGCUACUGGAAGAAAUUUUUCCCCGAUAUGGGAUGCCUAAGGUACUCGGGUCUGAUAAUGGUCCUACCUUUGUCUCCCAGGUAAGUCAGUUGGUGGCCAAGUUACUGGGGAUUGAUUGGAUUAGACCCCAGAGCUCAAGACAGGUAGAAAGAAUGAACAGAACAAUCAAGGAGGCUUUAUCUAAAUUAUGGCUUGGAACUGGCUUAAAGGAUUGGGUGACCCUCCUACCACUGGCCCUCUAUAGGGUCAGAAAUACCCCUGGACCACAUGGGCUGAGCCCCUUUGAAAUCCUAUAUGGUACACUGCCGCCUGCAAUAACUUUUUUUGAUACUGAUGUUUAUGAUUACACUGACUCCCCCUCUCUUCAAGCUCAUCUGCAGGCCCUGCAACUGGUGCAGGGAGAGGUCUGGAGACUCCUUGCAGCUGCUUAUAAAGAAGCCGCUGACUCCGUAGCAAUACCUCACCGGUUCCAGAUUGGCAAUUCCGUCUGGAUUUAACGACACCAGACUAAGAACUUGGAACCUCAGUGGAAGGGCCCCUACACUGUCCUCUUAACCACCCCAACAGCACUCAAAGUGGAUGGGAUUGUGGCCUGGGUACAUGCCUCCCACGUCAAAGCAGCCCGAGCUACUGAGGAAACUUAA